ACUCACUUCCGCCGGGCGGGGGGUUGCCAUUAACAACGGCCGCAACCUGCGGCCUCCACCCACCAUGGCGUUGCUAAUCCGCGAUCUGCAGCGGGCGGUGCCACUCCGCCGGGCCCGGCUACGGCGGGAUUGCCAGGCCCUGCGCCAGAUCCUGGGCCUCAGCCGCUUCGACCUGGGCCUGAUCUGCGUGGACGACCGGCGAAUGCGGAUCCUCAACGGACGUUACCGGGGGCGGGAGGCGGCCACCGACGUGUUGUCCUUCCCCUUCCAUCAGGAUCUCAGAGCAGGGGAUAUACCCAAACCCCUACAUCAGGAUGAAUAUAACCUCGGAGACGUCUUCUUAGGAGUAGAAUACAUCUACAGACAAAGCCAAGUACAUGGGCAAGACUUCUACAAUGUAUUAACAGUGACUACAUUACAUGGAAUUUGCCAUCUGCUGGGCUACAAGCACAGCACAGAAACUGAGUGGAAACAGAUGUUCCAGAGAGAAUCCAACACCCUUCAGUUGUUUAAUAGACUCACUGGGGCCAGCCUUCAGCCACUAACUCAGAAUAGCUUCUAACCACAGGUGUGGGUAUAGUGACUAGGAAUCACUUCAGUUUUACUUUUAUAAAUAAUGGACUGCCUCAGUCAACAGAAUAAAUAACGGUGGGUUAUGAAGGCCACUUCCUUGCACUAUACCAAUAAAAUUACAAACAUUUUUAGA